GCGUAGUGAUCGCGUCGUUACCAUGGCAGCAGAGUUAGUAAACUCCCCCGUUGCCAUCGGUUAUCGAUCCGCGGAAGAACCGCAAGUCCUUCGGCUUGACGCUCCGUGAGGCGGCGCGCGCGUUACCGGGAGACCGACGCGCCAGCUGUUCUAGAAUCGAUCAGGACGCGUUAUGGGGACGUUCGGGAGCGCCGCGGCCGGCCUGGAUGAGGAAGAGGAAGAGGAGGAGGAGGAGGAGAAGCGCAGGGAAGUUGAGCGUCUUCCUCCACUGCUCGAGGACGAGGAGAACGUGUCUCUGGCUGAUAUUCUGUGUCUGCGGGACGGUGGGCUGUCGGAGCAGGAGUUGUGGGCGGUGUGUGUGGAGUGUGUUUGUUCUCUCCAGAGCAUCGGCCUCUCGCCGCUCUUUCACACCCUCUGUGUUACGCCCGACACGCUGGCCUUCAACACACACGGUAAUGUGUGCUUCAUGGAGCAGCUCAAUGCAGCAGACCGCGAGAUCGAGGUCUUCUUUGGCACAUCGCAGUGCAGGGACACCAGGCCCGCGACCCCUGCUGCCAGGAGCCGAAUGUGCGGAGAAAAGUGUAAAGGGACCCGGGAAGAGGCACCACGGAAAGCGAAGGAGCCUGCGACGCAGAUCACCCCGUUUCAACGGCGUGGUGAAGUCUCUAACAUUGGCUUGAAAUGCCCUGGAGCGGUAGAACGAGUCCCUCCGAGUGAGCUGGAGAGUGGGUUUUACAACCGCCAUUUUAUCGUGCCCAAGAGAGAUGCAGGACUCCGUCCGAUUCUAGAUCUCAGGCCCAUCAACAGAGCACUCUGCAAGUGUGCGUUCAGGAUGAUAAAACAGAUCCUGGCGCAAAUUCGCCCCUGGCUGCUGGGACUCAUGGCAGCGGCAUCAGUAUGUCAUCUGGGUUUACUACACAUGCACCCGCUGCAGUUAUGGCUGAAAUCUCGAGCCCCUUGGAUGGCGUGGACUUCGGACCAUUUGCGCAUCGCGGUCUCCCGUGGUUGCAUCGAAGCCCUGAGGCCAUGGUGCAAAGAUCUCCCCAGCCGGGGGGUUCCCCUGGGCUUGAUGACGUCACGUGCCAUGGUCACGACAGACGCGUCGACUCGCGGAUGGGGAGCAGUGUGCGAGGGCAUGCCGGCUUCAGGGCUGUGGUCAGAACCUCAGAGCCGGUGGCACAUAAACCACUUGGAGCUGGAAGCAGUGUUCUUAGCUCUAAAGGAUUUACAGCCGCAGCUGGAACAGCGACAUGUAUUGAUUCGCACCGACAACAUCUGUGGUGUCGUACAUAAAUCACCAAGGGGGGCGUAUGAUCCAAGGCUCGGUACAAGCAGAGUGGAGGCUGCAUCCCGAGUCGGUUCGGAUUAUUUGGACCCGCUACGGGAGAGCGGAGGUGGAUCUGUUCGCCACGAGCGAGAAUGCGCACUGCCCGCUGUUCUUCUCCCUGUCUCACUCCCGGCUGGAAGGGGAUGCUUUGACAUCGCACUGGCCAGCAGCCAGGCCGUAUGCGUUCCUCCGAUCAAGAUAAUGCAGCUGGUGAUAUGCAAGAUCAGGGAGGAGGAGGCUUUGGUGACACUCGUUGCCCCGAACUGGGCGAACCAGCCUUGGUUCCCGGACCUGACAAAGCUGCUGGUGGCGCUGCCCUGUCCGAUCCCCAUCAGGAAGGAUCUGCCGUCUCAAACGAGCGGCUCGGAUAUUCUCUCUCAGGCGGAGGCUGUGCUCGGUGACGUCUCGCCCGCAGUCAUCUGCCGGAAACUGUCUGCCAUCGGCCGAAGAGUCCUGUCCAUAGAGUCCCUCGCUGCUCUGCAAGAUGGAUGGGAGAAAUCCAAUUUCCAGUUUCUGGAUCUCAAAGCCUCGAGAUCGAACUCCACGGAGAAUCCCGCCGGCGAUCGGACCAUGAUGAGAAACUGCUCCUCUGAUUCAUAUGACGGCGAGGAGCUGCUGCUGAGGCGCGGAGGUCUGGUCUGGUCCGGAGGUUCGGCCGAGCCUUCGCCAGACAGCAGGUCUCAGAACAGUUCUCCGGAGCACAGGAGGAGUCAGGAGAGGAGGCCCGGGAGAGCCAGGAGAGCCCUGAACCGAAUGCAUUUAAAAUGUCUGUUAUUUGCCAACUACCCACGUUCAGAUAACUACCUCUGUCUGGACUCCGUGUAUGUGGGCUGCGAAGGAGAGAUGCUGUUUCUGAGACCUAAAAACUCCGCCUCCUGUGAUGCAUUUUUUCUGGCUCCUGAGUUUCAAGAACAUGGAAUUGUGACAGAAAAGGCGUGUGUGUAUGGGGUAGCAGCUGUUCUCUGGGCUACAGCCAAGUUUAAUUUAUCUCCCAAUCAAAAGCUGGCCAUGCCGAGAAAACUCAAGAGGCUUCUGCUUGAGAUGGCCAAAAGAACUCCAAUCGAAAGACCUUCUAUUGAAAUGGCAAAAAAGUCUUGCCGUGACUACCUCUCCCGCCAGGGAACGAAUGCAGAGAGCGUAUGGACGCAGAUCAUCAGCCGAGUUCACCAGGCAUUCGAUGGGAAUAGAGAUACAGAGGACUGGUCUUCUCCUGAGUGUGCUGAAAACCCAUCUGACCCACACUUGGGAGAAGUUAAGACAGGUUUUGUCCCGUUGGCCAGCGAGGGCCGGUUGGAGCCUGUAGCUGGUCCAGUUCCUCAUCAUUACCCAGAAUCCUCCACCAGCGUCAGACUGCCCGAGGCCUUCACUUCUCCUGCCACACACUUCAGCCCCAUAAUACUGACUCAUCCCCCGCAGUCUGAGCUGAUUGUCAGUGGACGCUCUGUUGAGGACAUCGUGGAUGAAACGAUCCCGCGAGAGCCAGAUGAACAGGAAGAGAGCGCCGCUGAGGAUGAUGUUUUCUCUGCCGGUUCUUCAUCAUCAUCCAGCUGUAAGACUCUUGUUAAUCCCUCGCCUCCAGCAGCUCUUCAAAUAACCAAUCAGGAAACAAUCGACCAGACAAACUUCCCCGCCUUGUCUUGUGCUAAUGGGAUUUGUAGCAACUUCCUGCUACAGCAAGACCCGCAGACAGGACGUCUGACCCUACUUCCUGUUCAGAUCGCCGUGCUUCAGCCAAUCACAGGCGCGGAUCACUUAAACAAGAAGCCAGCGAAACCUUCAGAGGACAGUAUGAGGAGUGAAAGCGUCUGUGUGACCCGCAGAGACUCGGCAGUGUCUCCUGGAAGUCCAGUGGCAGAUACUACAGUUCAGCCUCACUGUGUGAAUCUCAGCUCACCUCAGAGAUGCUUGUGUCUGCAGCACGUCAUUGAGCUGCUCAGAGAACAGUUUGCUUCUGAUGGCUACCUGGAGAAUGGAGUCCAAGAUCUGGCUAUGGGAAAAUACAUCUUCUCUUUAAAAACCCUCCAGUUUGAGAGCUUUUGUCGAGCGAUGAGAGAGAAGUUCAGUGAUCUGUACUGGGAUCAGAAGCUGCUGUGUGACCUGCACCGUCUGAUCAACCAGAACUCCUGCCGACGCUGUUGGUCCCUAUGCAAACAGAAGUGUCCUCAAGAUCAGGAACAGACACAGCGCUCACGUCACAUGAAGCCAGAGACACACAAUAGUCUCUUUCUCACAGCGGAUCACAUGCGGUCUGAUCCGGCUCUGGGUGUUACAGACGCGCUCUGCAUGUGGUCCGAUCCGGCUCUGGGUGUUACAGAUGCGCUCUGCGUGCGGUCUGAUCCGGCUCUGGGUGUUACAGACGCGCUGUGCAUGCGGUCCGAUCCGGCUCUGGGUGUUACAGACGCGCUGUGCGUGCGGUCCGAUCCGGCUCUGGGUGUUACAGACGCGCUGUGCGUGCAGUCCGAUCCGGCUCUGGGUGUUACAGACGCGCUCUGCAUGCGGUCCGAUCCGGCUCUGGUCCCCGUCGCCGUGCGGUCCGAUCCGGCUCUGGGUGUUACAGACGCGCUCUGCAUGCGGUCCGAUCCGGCUCUGGGUGUUACAGAUGAGCUCUGCAUGCGGUCCGAUCCGGCUCUGGGUGUUACAGACGCGCUCUGCAUGCGGUCCGAUCCGGCUCUGGGUGUUACAGACGCGCUCUGCAUGCGGUCCGAUCCGGCUCUGGGUGUUACAGACGCGCUCUGCAUGCGGUCCGAUCCGGCUCUGGGUGUUACAGACGCGCUCUGCGUGCGGUCCGAUCCGGCUCUGGGUGUUACAGACGCGCUCUGCGUGCGGUCCGAUCCGGCUCUGGGUGUUACAGACGCGCUCUGCAUGCGGUCCGAUCCGGCUCUGGGUGUUACAGAUGAGCUCUGCAUGCGGUCCGAUCCGGCUCUGGGUGUUACAGAUGAGCUCUGCAUGCGGUCCGAUCCGGCUCUGGGUGUUACAGAUGAGCUCUGCAUGCGGUCCGAUCCGGCUCUGGGUGUUACAGAUGAGCUCUGCAUGCGGUCCGAUCCGGCUCUGGGUGUUACAGAUGAGCUCUGCAUGCGGUCCGAUCCGGCUCUGGGUGUUACAGAUGAGCUCUGCAUGCGGUCCGAUCCGGCUCUGGGUGUUACAGACGCGCUCUGCGUGCGGUCCGAUCCGGCUCUGGGUGUUACAGACGCGCUCUGCGUGCGGUCCGAUCCGGCUCUGGGUGUUACAGACGCGCUCUACGUGCGGUCCGAUCCGGCUCUCGAUCGACCCGCGCCAGAGGAAAACCAGCUGAACGAGAUCAAGAAGGAACCGGAAUGCAAACCAAAUGAGCUUAAAUACAGAGAAACAGCAGAUGGACAAAACCUAGAGCAGACGGGAUCUGAGACCAGGACUGCAUGCUGGAGACGAGAAGCACAGGAAGUGACAUCAGAGGAUGACAACAAAGAGCUGAAUGAGCUGAUGGAGCUGCUGAGCGGUGUUCCUCCAGACGGUGGUGUUUGUGAUGCUGAAGCGCUGGAGGACGGCGGCGGCGGCGCUCGGCUCUCUCCCGACUCCUCCGAGCUGGACAUGGACGACUGUAACUCUCUGAUCUCUGAGCGGACGCUCUCGCUGAAUGAGCUGAUGGAGCUGCUGAGCGGUGCUCCUCCAGACGGUGGUGUUUGUGAUGCUGAAGCGCUGGAGGACGGCGGCGGCGGCGCUCGGCUCUCUCCCGACUCCUCCGAGCUGGACAUGGACGACUGUAACUCUCUGAUCUCUGAGCGGACGCUCUCGGUCUGCAGCGACCCUCAGCGGGCCCCGCGUGGCUCCUCCUGGGCCCUGGCUCUGUACGGAGACGACUGCUUCAGUCCGGAUGUGCUGGAGUACACACAGACACUCAGCAGUCACAGCGAAUCUCCCACGCUGGAGGACAAAUCACAGGAGCUGCACCAACAGCUGAUUAUUGAGAGCAGAAAUCUGAAAAACACCAGAACUUUCUACCACAAGCUGAUAGAGCAAGAGAGGAAAAAUAAAGGUUCAGACAUGAAGGUGAUGGUGUCUAAAGUCAAGCAGCAGUUGGACGAGCUCAGAGCCAAAGUUGAGUUUCUGCAGACCGUCAAGAAAUAUCUCCAGGUGCUGUCUGUGGAUCAGUGGGGUUUAGCGCGCUCUCUGCUGCCCUCUCUGGCUGCGUGUGGAGCUGCGCCUCUGGAGCUGCAGCACUCGGACGAUCCUGCGCUUCUGCACUUUCUGUGUGAUCAGCGCCGGGGCAAAGGCUGCCCGCUAGUGACCGCCACCGCCAGAGGCCUCAUGGCCUAUCUGUACGCCAGGAACGCUCACGCCGAAGGAUUUGUUCAGCAGUUUUUCUACACGUAUCGCUACUUCUGCACCUCGGAGGAGCUUCUGCGGUUUCUAAUGGACAAAUUUAACAGUACAAUGGGAGCAAAUGAAGAUCCCUCAUCAGACAGAGCCAAAGUCUAUCAGCGCACUCUGGAUCUAUUACACUUCUGGAUUGAAGACGCACAGCUAGUGGACUUCAGCUCGAGCUCCAGCCUCCUGCAGACGCUGCACACUUUCCUGACUGCUGAGGUCGCACCGUUUGACAGUCGAGGAGCGGGUUUGCUGGCGACGCUCCAGGCCUCGCCCAGGAAGAGGCACGUCUGUGUUCCGUCAUGUGCGUUUGAUACCUCCAUCGAGGAGAAGCUCUCAGUGAACUCCUCAUGCAGGAGAGCAUCCAUCGAAGACGCUGCUCGAAAGUGGCGCGUGCCGCGUGUGUUGGAGCCUCAGACGGUCCAGAGUAAAGAGAAAGGGUUCUCCAUCGCCGCGGCUCUUCCACGGCCGUGUUACGCCUCUCUGAUGAGCAACAGCAGUCUGCGAUCAGAGGAGAGACGUCCCUUCAGUCAGAGUGAACACACGCCGCUGCACAUCACACAGCAGCUCACCUUACUGGAGCAGGAAAUAUUUCACGACUGUCAUCCGGUCCACUUUCUGAACUCGAGAGCUCACGGAGUGACGGAAAACUCUGGAAACAUUUCCAGUGAGGUGUCGGGGCCCCGGGGCCCGCUGCAGAGGCUCCUCACACAUGCAGACUGUGUGGCUAACUGGGUUUCUGCUGAACUGGUCAUCUGUGACUCGCUCAAGGCACAGGUGGCUUUACUCGCUCGCUUUCUCGCCGUUGGCAAGUUCUGCUACGAGUCGAGAAACUUGGCCACGGCUUUGCAGAUUCUGUCGGGGCUGGAGAACGUGAUCGUGAGGCAACUACCGGCGUGGAAGCAGCUCUCGCUGAAGGUGUGCGAGGCUCUGGAGGAGCUCAGGGCUCUGCAGGUGUUUCUGAAGAGUGAUAAUCUGUGUCUGAUGGAGGGAGAGAAGAGCAGACGGCGGCCGACUCUCCCAGACGCUCACAUCUUGGCCAUGCACGUCCAGCAGCUGGAGAUCGGGGCGUUUACCAUGACCAGCGGAGCAUACAAGUGGCCCAAACUGAGGAACAUCGCGCGUGUGGUCAGUCAGAUCCACGCGUUUCAGGAGCAUCUCUAUUCCUACCCUCCCGACCUUGAGCUGCAGGCGUACCUGCGUGAGCGACUUGCACGCUUCGGCAGAUGUGACAUCCCGCUCCUCGCCUCCGACAACCACACCAACUUCAUCCAGACGCCCGCCACUCGCCGGAUCCACGACACACUGCGUCGUGUCAAAGCGUCUUUCCAGUGACCGGCACAGAUGAAGAACACCGCUGGAAGUCACAUCUGGAGACUCCAGACUUCUCCGUUUGAGCACUGAGGAGAAAUGAAGAUGCUCACAGUCGCUCUCUGUACGGAGGCUGAGGAGGAGUUAGGAGUAAAACGUGAUCAUUUUCCUCUAAAUACUGUGAAAGCACAAGACAUGGGAGUUUUAGUUGCUGGAUUCCCUCAUUUUAGGAUGUGGAGGUGUUUUCUCAUCUUUAACUUCAGCCUUAGCCCGUUUUGGUUUGAUGGAUGGUUUUCUUCAAAGAACAAAGACUUUUAGUUUUGUGUUUAAGAUUUUGGACAGCUAAACAUCCAAAUGUGACCCUGGACCA